CUACACACAACAAGUUUGAAAUGCCACCAAGGGUCAGUCCCCUUAAGGAUGCCCUUCAGCAUCUGCAUUCAAAGACUGACAAAACAAGUAAACUAGAGGUGAAAUACAUAAAUGCAGUGAAAGGACGUGGCAUAUUUGCCCUAUCUUCAUUCUCCAAAGGAGAUUUUGUACUUGAAUACAGAGGAGACAUGAUAGAUAAUGCAGAAUCCCAAAGGAGAAGACGCAUUUACCACCCAUCAUGUGUUGCAUUCAUGUUCUCAUUCAAGUGGAGAGGGAGAACAUGGUGUAUUGAUGCUUCGCAAGAAGACGGAUCAUUUGGACGGCUUGUCAAUGAUGAGCACAUACGUCCGAACUGUAGGAUGAAAAGGAUUGACGUCGAUAGGAAACCACACUUGUGUUUGUUUGCCUUAAAUGAUAUACAACAUGGAGAGGAAAUUACAUAUGACUACGGAGGUGAAGACUGCCCAUGGAGAAUGCAAAUGACCAUGAAUGCAGCUGAUGUCAUCAUUCCUGUGGACAGCUCCCACCCUGCUGACUUGUUAGAGACUCGGAUGGAUGAAACUGCCCAAGACACUAAUCAACAGAUGACCAUGAAUGCGGCUGAUGGUGUCAUUUCUGGGGAAAGCUCCCACUCUGCUGUCUUGUUAGGACCACACAUGGACGAAACUGCCCAAGACACUAAUCAACAGAUGACCAUGAAUGCGGCUGAUGUCGUCAUUCCUAGGGAAAGCUACCACCCUGCUGACUUGUUAGAGACGCAGAUGGACCAAACUGCCCAAGACACUAAUCAACAGAUGACCAUGAAUGCGGCUGAUGGUGUCAUUUCUGGGGAAAGCUCCCACUCUGCUGUCUUGUUAGGACCACACAUGGACGAAACUGCCCAAGACACUAAUCAACAGAUGACCAUGAAUGCGGCUGAUGGUGUCAUUUCUGGGGAAAGCUCCCACUCUGCUGUCUUGUUAGGACCACACAUGGACGAAACUGCCCAAGACACUAAUCAACAGAUGACCAUGAAUGCGGCUGAUGUCGUCAUUCCUAGGGAAAGCUACCACCCUGCUGACUUGUUAGAGACGCAGAUGGACCAAACUGCCCAAGACACUAAUCAACAGAUGACCAUGAAUGCGACUGAUGUCAUCAUUCUUGGGGAAAUCUACCACUCUGCUGUCUUGUUAGAGAUUCAGAGUGAUGACGUUUCGAGUCCACAAGACACUAAUCAACAGAUGACCAUGAAUGCAGCUGAUGUUGUCAUCCCUGAGGAAAGCUCCUACCCGGCUGUCUUUGUAGAGAUGCAGAUGGAUGAAGCUUUUGAUCCACCAGACUCUAAUCAGCAGAUGAAAGACACAGAUGUUGAAGAGUCAAAUGAUGAAUCUGACUCUGCAUCAGGGAGUAGUGAUGAGUACAUACCAGAUACCACUUCUGAAAGUGAAGAGAGUGAUGCGAGCCUGAAACCAAGGACCAAACCCUUUUCUCUUGAUGACGUAUUGAAUGACUCCGGUUCAAUGAGUCCCCCCAGUCUGUGACACGACAACUUUAGACCAUGUGAUCUUUGACAGCAACACAACAACAUAUGAGGUCACUGAAGCAGACGGACCCUGCACAAGUCAAGACAUGACUGACAGCAUAGUUGUUCGUGCUUCCAAAAAAAGAAAUGGCAAUAGAGUGUACAACAAGAGACAUUAUUGCUUGUAUUGCAGGAAACCUUAUGCCAAGAUGGCAAGACAUCUAGAAAGUGCACACCAAGAUAAAUCAGAUGUGGCCAAAGCUCUUAGCUUUCGAAAGGUUCCAAGGAAAGGAAAAAACAGCUGGAUUAUAUUCGCAACAGAGGCAACUAUGCUCACAAUGCUGCUGUUAUGGAGUCAGGGAAUGGAGAAUUGGUACCAUUUAAACAACCACCUAAAGAAGCAAAAGGAGGUGAUUUCAUGCACUGUGCAUACUGCCAAGGACUUUUUACAAGAAAGGUCCUGUGGCGACACAUGCGAAGUUGUAAACUCCAACCUGGAUCAGUUCGCCCCAGACCAGGAAAGAACCGUGUUCAGUCUUUGUGUACAUUCACAGGGCCGGUGCCUUCACACAUAAGUAAACAAUUGUGGGGAGUUAUCAGUGCCAUGAAGCCUGAUCCAAUCACGGAUACAAUAAAAAAUGACCAUGUCAUUACUGAUGUUGGGCAGCACCUGUUAAACAAAGGUGGGAUGUCAGCCAAGAAUCAACAGUGUGUGCGAGAGAAGAUGCGAGAAAUGGGAAGGUUGGUUCACAAUGCCA